CAGUUGGUUGAAAGCGUGGGGAGCCGCAGUAAUGGCAGCUCUCCGACUUACGAUGGGCGGUGGUAAUUGGUUUUCGGCUUUGGCGCUCGGAGUGACUCUCCUCAAAUGCCUUCUCAUCCCCACCUACCAUUCCACAGAUUUUGAAGUACACCGAAACUGGCUUGCUAUCACUCACAGUUUGCCAGUAUCACAGUGGUAUUAUGAGGCAACUUCAGAAUGGACCUUGGAUUAUCCCCCUUUUUUUGCAUGGUUUGAGUAUGCCCUGUCACAUGUUGCCAAAUAUUUUGAUCAAGAGAUGCUGAAUGUCCGUAACCUGAACUACUCCAGCACAAGAACCUUACUUUUCCAGAGAUUUUCUGUCAUCCUUACAGAUGCACUCUUUGUGUAUGCUGUACAUGAGUGCUGUAAAUGCAUUGAUGGGAAAAAAGCAGGUAAAGAACUUACAGAGAAGCCAAAGUUUAUUCUAUCAGUGUUACUGCUGUGGAACUUCGGGUUGCUAAUUGUGGACCAUAUUCAUUUCCAGUACAAUGGCUUUUUAUUUGGAUUAAUGCUACUCUCAAUUGCACGAUUAUUUCAGAAAAGGCAUAUGGAAGGAGCAUUUCUCUUUGCUGUUCUCCUCCACUUCAAGCACAUCUACCUCUAUGUCGCACCGGCUUAUGGGACAUACCUGCUACGGUCUUACUGUUUCACUGCAAAUAAACCAGAUGGGUCUGUCCGAUGGAACAGUUUCAGCUUUGUCCGUCUUCUUUCUCUAGGACUGAUUGUUUUUUUAGUUUCUGCUCUUUCACUGGGUCCCUUCCUAGCCAUGAACCAACUGCCUCAAGUCUUGUCCCGACUCUUCCCUUUCAAGAGGGGUCUCUGCCAUGCAUAUUGGGCUCCAAACUUCUGGGCUUUGUACAAUACUUUGGACAAAGUGCUCUCCGUCCUCGGUUUGGAAUUGAAACUUCUUGAUUCCAACAAAAUUCCCAAGGCCUCAAUGACAAGUGGUUUGGUUCAGCAGUUCCAACACACAGUCCUUCCCUCAGUGACUCCCUUGGCCACCCUCAUCUGCACUCUGAUUGCCAUAUUGCCCUCUGUUUUCUGUCUUUGGUUUAAACCCCAAGGGCCCAGAGGCUUUCUGCGAUGCCUAAUUCUUUGUGCCUUGAGCUCCUUCCUGUUUGGGUGGCAUGUCCAUGAAAAAGCCAUACUCCUCGCAGUUCUCCCGAUGAGCCUUCUGUCUGUGGGGAAAGCAGGAGAUGCUUCAAUUUUUCUGAUUCUGACCACAACAGGACAUUAUUCCCUCUUCCCUCUGCUCUUCACUGCACCAGAGCUUCCCAUUAAAAUCUUACUCAUGCUACUAUUUACCAUCUAUAGUAUUUCCUCACUGAAGACUCUGUUCAGAAGAGAAAAACCUCUUUUUAAUUGGUUGGAAAUGUUCUACCUCCUUGGCUUGGGGCCUCUGGAAGUCUUCUGUGAAUUUGUAUUCCCUUUCACCUCCUGGAAGCUGAAGUACCCCUUUAUCCCUUUGUUACUGACCUCAGUGUAUUGUGCAGCGGGCAUCACAUAUGCUUGGUUCAAACUGUAUGUUUCGGUGUUGACUGACCCUCCUUCCGGCAAGACAAAGAAACAAUGAAUAAAGGAACUGCUUGGAUGUAGUCCAAGCAAUUAUUUCAUGGGAAAUUAAUCAGAACUUGAAGAAAGUUGCUGGUGGCACGAACCAUUCAAUUCAAUAGUUGUUUGGAAGACCAUUCUUCUAAACUUGGCCUUGCCCAGCCUAGCAACGUGAUUGUCACCAUGGUGAGAAGCCACUUAUCCUGUGUAAGCAAUGAAGCACAUUUGAAACAAAUCUCGCCUUGCCCUGAUCAAGUCGUCUGAGAUCAUUCCGACUGCUGUGCGUGCUCACAGCAAGCAGGGAGUCUACCAACACCAUGAUUAUUCGUAGCCUGCGAUGACCAUUGUCGAGCUAUAAAGCAAAUUAGAAUCAUGUGCUAAGGGAAAUAGAAAUAAAAUGCCAUUUUUUAUUUCUGAACAA